CGGUUCUAGAUUCUUCGGAAAGAACCGAAGCUGAGAGGCGGCGAGCCGCGACCUACUUCACCACUCUGGUCGCCAACGCGGGCGGCCACGUGGGGAGCACGGCGAGUACAGCACAACACCGCGUGCUGCUGCUGGGGACGGAGCACAGUUCGACUCCCGCUCACGGCCAACACCGCGUCCCGUGGUGUGUUGAAGACGUAGGAGCGGGACUCUGGGAGCAUCGCACAUGGACGACGCCGCCACCGCUCCCCCAGAUGUAGUCAUCCUGGGAGAGGUCAACAACAGCCCUGCCUCGUGGAAUCGCCGGAGCCCAGUCCUCGUUGUCUCUGACGAUUCGGACGACGGCGACAACUAUGACAUCAACGCCAUCCUUCACGCGGUGGAGGAGCUCCGGAGCGAGGACGACAAUGAUAUUGCUGCCAUGACGGCGCCAGCAUCGGCGCCCAAGGAGGUGGUGGUGGAGGGUGCGGAGGAGGCACCGGCUGGUCCCGACGAGGGCGGCGACGGUGGCGCCGUUGGCAUCGACCGCGACCAGCUAGCCACGGUCGUGGGCCAGGUGAUGGCUCUGUUCCCCGAUUGCCUAAGGUCCUACCUGGAGCAGCUCAUUCCAGAGCGAGGCUGGUGGGAUCCCAAUGUCGUGUGCAACUUCCUGCUGGAGGAACCGGGCUACCCGCGGGGCCUGGUGCAGGAGCUCGUGCUACUGCCCGAGUCGUCUGUUUUCCUCAGCGAAGAGAAGGAGGCGGAGCUGGACUACUUUGACGCGGCGUCGCUGGACAACAUGCAGGAUGCUGCCUACCAGCUGCAGGCCGUGGAGCUGCUGCGCCAUGACUUCCCCGUGCUCAUGGUGGUCGACCUGCGCACCACGCUGCGCCGCCUCAAGCACCGCUAUGCGCUCACGCGCCUGGUGUUGUCUAAGGCUGUGAAGAGCUGGCUGGACAAUGGAGGGAAGUCUCAUUCCAGCAGAGGCAAACGGGAGGUCAUUCCAGUGUCAUUUCACGAAGGCUCACUGCAGCUGGCGGUGAAUCUGCGCAUACUGGAGCGCCGUCGCCGCUCGGAGGGAUCCGCGAGCCACGUGCAGGAGCCCUUGCACCCCGAGCUGCUCAAGGAGCUCCAGUUUUUUGAGGCUAAGAUGCGCCAGCAGAACGAGCACGCAGACCUGCAGCUGGCGAUGCGCGUCAACGAGCAGCAGUACAAGGAGGAGCAGCAGGCCAUCGAGUGCGGCUGCUGCUUCGCGGCGGUGCCUUUUGAGGAGAUGACCCAGUGCCUAGACGGACAUCUCUUCUGCAAGGACUGCCUCGUCCGAUACGCACAGGAGGCCGUCUACGGGCAGGCCGGGGCCCAGCUGCAGUGCAUGGUGUCCGGCUGUGAGGAGGGCUUCCCGCAAAGCGAGCUGCAGAAGACGCUAUCCCAGAAGAUUCUGCUCAAGCUGAGCGAGCGCCAGGCCGAGCAGGACGUGAGCUCCGCACUCCGUGAUGAGCUGCUCCGGUGUCCGUUCUGUGACUUUGCGGCGAUGUUGGAACAGAACUCCAUCGUGUUCGUGUGUCCCAACCCUCGCUGCAAGAAGUCUUCUUGCAGGAAGUGCCGUGAGGACUGGAAGGAUCAUGCUGGGCUCACUUGCGAGGAGGUGGAGUCUCAGUCUCAAGUCAAGUUCCGCAUUAGCAUGGAGGAGCGCAUGUCGGCGGCGCGCAUCAGGAAGUGUCCGCGCUGCGGCACGGCGCUGCUCAAGUCUGAGGGCUGCAACAAGCUGAGCUGCCGCUGCGGGGGCACCAUGUGCAACGUGUGUCGCACGCCCAACAUCGGCUACGACCACUUCUGCCAGCAUCCGCUCAUCCCCGGGCAGCCCUGCCCACAUUGCACCGCCUGCCUGCUCUGGGUAGACCCCGAGAAGGAGGACGAUCAGCUGAUUGAGCGCAUCCAGACGGAGGCGCACGUGGUGUCCGGCGAGGCUGCAAAGCGGAUUGGGCCGCCCCUUGAUCCUGACGAGCCAAAACAGCGGCGAGUCGACAAUCAGCAGCAGCAGCCACGCCACCGACACCACCACCACUUCGGUCAUCAUCAGCACCAUCCACAGCCGCAGCAGCAGCACCGACAUCACCACCACCACUUCGGUCAUCAGCAGCACCACCAACCCUAUCACCACUUUGAACAUUAUCAGGACCAUCCACAGCCGCAGCAGCCGCAGCGGCAGCACCACCUCCCCCUGCCACACCAGCUGCCCUGGAUGGCGCAGCCCUGGAUGGCUGAGCGAGUUGCCGAUCAUCAUGCGGAGCGCAUACAGUACCUGCAGCACCAGCAGCAGCAACAACAGCAGCAGCAGCAGCUGUUGCUGCAACAGCAGCAGCAGCGGAUGUUGCUGCAGCAGCAUCUGCAGCAGCAUCUGCAGCAGCAGCAUCAGCAGCGUCAACAGCAGCUGGCCAUGAGGGAUAUGGGUGAGCACGGCCUCAUCCCAAGGCCUCCGCCAGACUACAGAGAACAACGCUGAUCAAUCGGCGGUGAUCGUCAAUUGUGAACAACGUUGAUCAAUCGGCGGUGAUCGUCAAUUGUGAACAACGUUGAUCAAAUCUGUGUCGAUCGCCGACCGAUCAUAACGACCUGUAACAUCACUUUCAUUGUCCUUGUUACUGCAUAACGACCAUGGAUGGGAACAAAGAGUCAUCACCGCCACGUCAUCGUCAUGAUCACCGCCAUCAUUACCGAGUAAUUGGCAGCAUCAUCAUUGUCUCUGUGAUUGUUUUUGAGGAAUGAUUAAUGAGAACCAGUUCUGUAAUCGGCUUCAUUAUUUAGUAGAUCUAUUGUACCUCGUUAACCCAUGAUUAUGGAAGUGUCGCCAUCGUCAUCACCAUUGAUCUUCCAUCAGUGGUGGCUAUCCACGUGGCCUGUAACCCAGCGCUGUGGAGGCAGCAGAGAGGGCUGGUGGAUCACACGGCAGACGCUGCUGUAAAACUCCCUUCCCGUGGGCGUCGAGGAGGUGCGAUACCCCUGGCUCUGCCGGGAGAAGGCAGUACAGCAAAUCUGGACUCCACCUGUGCCAUCUGUAUGGGGAUAGAGCGUUUCCCCCUCACAAGCGUGGGUUUCUCUGGGUGGUCUGGUUGCCUCGUACGUGUCUAUUAAUUGCCCGAUGGCAUGUUAAUAUAUAUAUGGAGGACUGCAGAGCCUGGGUCAUUGCUUGAGCCGGCUCAGCUACCUGGUUGCUUCCACUGCUGCUGCCUUCCCACUUGUCGGUGGUUCCUGCUAGCAUGCCGGAGAUCAUCUUUGCCACUAUCGUCAUCAUCAUCUCGAUUGUUGUUAUCAUCUCCAUCACUGUUCGUGUCAUCGCUACCACCAUCGCCAUCAUCACCGUCACCUUCGUCAUGGCCAUUAUCGUCACCAUCAUCAUCAUCACCACCAUCCUCAUCAUCACCAUCAUCAUCAUGGCCAUUAUCAUUGCCAUACAAAGCUGCCUUUACUAAUGGGUGUGUCUGCUGCAGCUCCUGUUGCUGUGUAUUUGAGUAAAGUGAAUGUGGGAGGACUGAUGCCAUAUCUACACACACCACACUCCCCACGCAACCACACUGACCAACAACCACACGAAUCGCACUAACCACCAACAACACAUUCAUACUACGCGAUAUACACCAACCACACAUCCAUACUAACCAUGUAUGUGUGUACGGUGAAAUUAUUUCGCACCGUACGUAGCCAACCGUGCUUAUUGGAGAUGCGGGGAAGGACAAAAAACUAAACACAAAAACCACACCCACGCUAUCAACACCACGAUACCACACUAACCAAACUAUCCGUACCACGCUAUACACACCACGAUGUACCAGAUCACCCACACCACUCACACUACCUGUACCACACCACUCGCAUACCUCUACAAUUCACACCGCUCACCAUACACCACACUUACCACUCCAACAUAAUUACUAUGCAAUUCACAUCACACAACAGCACACCGUUCACCCCGUAACACACCACAAUAACCACACACCACGCACCAAGAACACACGCACAUUCGUCAACUACUCGGCUACAAUUCCAAGUUCAAUUCCAGGCCAUAACUCCCAUAGCACCCCCCCACCCCUUUCCCCCACCCCCUGUGCCUCCCCUAGGUCGACUCGGCCAAAAAUUAUUAUCGACGCGUUUUGUGGAGGUGGUGUUAGGGUGUAGGGUGCUCAACAGCCCUGCGAGUGAGACAAAGACGGCCGGGCGCAUGGUACCGGUCACACCACCAACCCUCCCCUUCCACAUGCACCAGCGCCGCCGGCCUUACUAGGUGCUCGCAAACAGCCCCUGCCACGGCCUUCCCUGUGCAGGGGUGCGAGGUGUGGAUGCUUCGGGGAAGUCUGCGUGUGUGUGUGGUGUGUUUUUAUAUCUUGCACUUGGGAGACUUGUUCUUGCUGUUGUUGAAGUAGACUGAAGACUGGAGGGGCCUCGCUGUGUGGGUGUCGAGGGAGACCCUGAGGUCUGGAAGGAUCCACUUGUUCCUUGUCAUCGUUCUUGAUGUAAAUUCCAAAUAAAAUUUUUGCAUUGUUGGCAUAAGGCGGGCAUGCAGAGUGGGACUGGGCUCGCCCCGGAAGCCCACUGCGGUAAAGUGCGGUCGUGGGAAUGGCCUUCAUCCAGCAGGGAGAUUGACCAGGCUGUGAAUUAAACUAUUGAUGACUGUACUGUAUAUGAAGCAUGAGCAGACCCCCCCCCCCACCGUGUUCACAUUGCGAAGGGAAGUUCUGCCUCCCAGGGCAGUGUUCUUCACUCAUGUUCAGAGCGGGUCCACUUUCGAUGAUGGGUGGGGGAUGUUUUCACUUUUUGUGGAUUGUCGGGGGGACCGCAUUUAAGGGUGCCGCCAGUGGCCCCCUCGAGGCCUUGCAAUGAAGAAGAAUGACUUUGGGUGUCGUCAGCAAGAAUAGUUCAUCAUAAUCCGUUUUUUUGCGGGGGGGGAGGAGUAGGGGAGAGGCUUAGGCCACAGUGAUUUUGGCCAAACUUGUGUCGUGAGGCCCUUCACCGCUGGGCACCCGAACAACAGCCAAACAAACUGGCGUGGCGUGCAUUUUAACGUGUAUUACGUUUCUGCUCAACUCGCAUGGUGGGUUGGAGAGAGACUCUCUUACAGUCGAAUCGAGCAGCGAUCGGAUCACGCGACUUCUCACUUGAGCGUGCGUCAAAGCAUCCUGAGGACAAGAUCCAGGGAUUAAGAUUCAGGGCGCCGUGGUGGCAAGAUGUUGACUACCUCGCCUGAUGUACAGGAGGUCAUGGCUUUGAUCCCGACCCUGACGCCUGCUGUAUAUUUGGGAGUUUGCGUGUCUCUCUCCCCGUGGUUGUGGAUUUUUCUCCGGAUCCUCUGGGUUUCCCUCCACAUUUAGAAACAUGCGUUUCGAGUAUUUGGCUAUUGCCAUAAAUGUCCACGUGAUAAGCCACUUCGUUGAGCUGUCAUUUGAAGACUUUCCAUUUGUUGACGUGGAAAGGCGGAAUUGUGAAGGAGAGACAUCCACUGGUCCACUUGGUUCACAAGGACGUGAGUUACUGUUGUCUAUUGUAGUGUACCACGGGUUGUACUGCUGUAGUGUAGCACGGGUUGUAGUGUAGCACGGGUCCUAGUGUAGCACGGGUCCUAGUGUAGCACGGGUCCUAGUGCAGCACGGGUCCUAGUGCAGCACGGGUCCUCGUGCAGCACGGGUCCUAGUGCAGCACGGGUCCUAGAGCAGCACGGGUCGUAGUGCAGCACGGGUCCUAGUGCAGCACGGAUCCUUGUGCAGCACGGGUCCUAGUGCAGCACGGGUCCUAGUGCAGCACGGGUCCUAGUGCAGCACGGGUUCUUUUGACUAUUUUUAUUUCACCAGGUCAGACUCGCUGAGCUGCGUAGCUCUUUUUCAGAAGCGACCUGGCCAGCAUGAAUGACGGCUCCACGAAGUGGCUUAUCACGUGGACAUCUAUAGCAAUAGCCAAAUACUCUAAACGCGUCCCGGUCGCGAUUGAAGCCAUGACAUCUUGUAUACCAGGCGAGGUAGUCAACAGCUAGCCACCAUGGUUGUAGUGCAGCACGGGUUGUAGUGUGGUGUAGCACGGGCUCUACUAUUAUAAUGUAGUACGGGUUGUACUGUUAUAAUGCCGCACGGGUUGUAGUGUAGUAGUGCAAGAUCUAAUGAGACUACGCUGUUUCUGCUGCGGGAUACGAUGGCCUGUGCCCUGAAAUUCUCACGAACAUUUCCUCGAUUUACGAACUCGCAAUUUUCGCUUUUUACGAAAUUUUAAUUGUGCGCCAUAAACAUAGACUUUUUGCGUCCGUGUAUCUGCGCCUUACUCAGCCCGCGUGGCCGCGUAUCUUCUGCCCGGUCUGUAUCACGGUUGUUCGCGUGCACACCAUAAGGGGUCGGGAUCUAUUGAUUCACUUCAAGUUCCCUUCAAUGUGAGCAGUAGGUGUAAAUCAACAUCGCCGGCUAUUAUCUCCAGCAAAGGAAAUCGUAGGCAAGCUCUGAGCGUGGGUCACGUAGCUGGAACAUCGCGAAGAGGCAGGAGAGAGGAAUAACUUGAUGCACGCUGUCCUCUCGGCUGAGCUGCAUCAAGUGAUGAAACUUCGCCCCCAUCACAACUCUUCGUUCUUGUUUCAGGCCUCGUACGCCAGUAACUCCCGAAAACCCCGCCACCAAAACCCCAACCAUCACCCAUCGUCUACGCCACAAACUCCCAUCGCCCCGCCAAGAAUCCUAGCCAGCACCAGGAGGUCGCCAGUAACCUGACACUCGUCAUCCCCCCACUCAUCUCAACACGCUGAGCUGCCGGUAAUAAUCAUGAGGUUAGUUAAAUUAAAUGGCGGCUUGCCAUUCUUUUCCACCUCCAUGUGUCCGCUGCGCUGUCCGAGCUCUCGCCGAGCUUCAAAUUUCUGACAUUGACGACAUUCUAAUCUCUCUCGGUACAAUGGCCACCCCCACAGCUCCAUACUACCUCUCCCACAUUGGCAUUAGCUGCCCCUCCCAUCUCUAAACGUUUGUUGACGAGUUCCCACGGACGCACUUGGAGACGGAGGUAAGUUAUGGGCUUUUGCCAAGGGUUUAUUCAAAGUUAACAAUAACACACAAGGGUAGACAACUCCCAGGGGCUAGGAGUCCUACACAGAGUCCUGGUCCCUGCCGGCUAGCUCCGGUCUCUCGUGUCGGAUCGGGAACUCUGCCGACUUCACCGACCGGAGAGAGAAGCACCUCUACGGCUGCCACUGGCUUCUCCCCAGACUCACUACUCCAUCCCUCUACCCCUGGUCCCUCAUCACCCUUCGUACUCUAUCCGUUCCCACGGUGACCCCGCUUUCGUCACGGGGUCUCCCUUAAGUACUCUCGGAGACGUGACGUCAUCGCACUAAACGGCACACAUGACGUCACGUCCCCAUUUUACUUCUCUACACCUUUAAACAGCCUGCCUCCGCAGAUUUCCCUUUUUUUCACCUGAAGAUGAUUGCUUGUGUUGCGAUCGAAACGUCGUGAUAUUGUUAUUAUUUUUUCUAUCUACGUGGCUUCACCGAAAGACCCAAAUAAUAUUAAUUAUUACAGUCAUGGACUGUUAAUAACGAUGACGUUUUCAUGAUUGUAAAAGGAGAAUAUAAUUUACAUAUUAUCUUGCGCUAUGAGAACGCAUCCUUCAUUUCACCUUUAAAAAAACGGGAUUUUUUUUUGUAAAUGAAUUUUCGAACGCAUCCUAUUCGUGAACCGAGGAAUGCUGUUCAUGGGCAUCGAUGGCUUGAAAACCUGUACACCAUCCAUAUACAGCACGUGGAAAAUCCCGAAAGCAUACAGGCCAAAGUCAUCGUCAUUCUGAAGGACAGAAAGCCGCAAGAUUCCAGCUACAGGGCCACGACUCCUCGUGUCCCUCACCUCCCAGCUGACGGACCGUGCCGUGCCUGCCACACUCGCCCCCCCCCCCUCCCCAUUAUGGACCCCCAACUGCCUCCCGCACGAGCCGGAUUCCGAACCGGCCGUAGUAGCUGCUGCUGAUGCAAACAAAUCGGUGCCUUCACCACCCUCAUCGAAGCUGUUGGUGUCCAGCGUCUUCUUUUUCUUCACCUGUAAAUGUCAUUGUGUGUGUGUGCGGCCCAAACUUGCGAAGGAUUUGGCUCGCAAAUUAUAGACUGUCUGUACUUCCUCAACCGCCUUACUACAGUACAAUUAAAAACAACAGUAAUAAAGACUACAGAACAAUUACUUACAUCUUUUUAUACCAUUGACCAUUUACUUAUGACUCGUAGCAUUCAAUACAAUACAAAGGCAUAUCAUACAAGUUAAGUAUGACCUUCACCUUUGAUUACAGUGUGCUGAUCCUCAAAGGUGCAUUAACAAUUGUUUGCAUUUUUUCUCUUCAUUGGUUUUUUCCCUAACAUUAUGUACAUAUAAAACUAAUCUUAACAAACUGAGUUGGUAAAUAGAAAAGUUCAAAUGUUUGCAUGUAAAUCCAUGUGUGUGUACGUCGAUGUGUGUGUCAAUCGCUAUGUGUGUGUGUCAGUCGAUGUGUGUGUUUGAGUCGAUGUGUGUGUUUGAGUCCAUAUGUGUGUGUGUCUUUUCGCCCGGGCAACGCCGGGUACUUCCCGCUAGUAUGUUAUAUAGAUUUAUAUAGCGCCUUAUGCGAAGGCGCUUUGCAACGAUGAUAAAAUUGUACGUAAGAUGUUAGUGGUUGAGAUAAAUAGCGGGGUUAUUAAAAGUUGUGAAGUUAUGGUGAUGGGAGAACAGACGGGAGUGGUUAAGGAGGGGUUAGGGUAGUGAUGGGUGUAGUGAUAGAGGUUG